AUGGUUCCAUCGUUCUAUAUCUUCACUAUCUUAUAUUCCUUCUUCUACUUCAAAUCAAGUGCUGAGCUCAUAACUUCUCUUCCUGGACAGCCUCCAAAUAUUUUCUUCAAACAAUACUCUGGUUAUAUUGUUACAAAUGCUCAACACGGCAGAGCUCUAUUUUAUUACUUUGUCGAAGCAGAUUCAGAAAAUGCAGCAUCACUUCCCCUUACUGUGUGGCUCAAUGGAGGCCCUGGUUGUUCAUAUGUGGGUUAUGGUGCUUUUAUGGAGCAUGGUCCUUUUCGGCCAGGGAUUGAUGGGAGUCUUAUAAAAAACAAAUAUUCCUGGAAUUUGGGUAAUGUUUCUUGUUUCCUGAAUGAUCAUAUUGAAAAAAUCGAACAUGCUAUACGUGGACUCCCCGUAGGAUUUUCAUACUCAAAUACAAGCUCAGACAACAUCAAUUGGGAUGAUACUGCAACUGCUAAGGAGAAUCUCCAAUUCAUCCUCAACUGGUUCAAGAAGUUCCCCCAAUAUAGAAACUCGGAUGUGUACUUAACUGGGGAGAGUUAUGCAGGUUCACAUAUGAACUGGCCUAAUCUAUAUGGUCUUUUGGUUGUAUAUACUCAUAGCUUUUUAACACUAAGAUUUGGUAACUAA